AUCAGUGUACGUUUCCAAUACGGCCAGACCCAAAACGAGGGUGGAAAAUCCUGGCAGAACGGAUGCGCUGAAAAGAAGGUGGCAAGUGAAAAAAAAACUCGUUUUGUGAAAUGUUAAUUCUGAAACAUUCUUGUGUGGGAGACACGUCUAUAUUUAUCAAAGGAGUGGUUGCACUCAUCUACUCUCGAAGCUAGCCGUGCCGCCGACAACUAGGCUACAGAAACCGUAGUUUGGGAUGAGGACAGAUAUUUCCAUUACUCGGGUGCGCCUAGUUUUGGUUGGAAUGGCCCUAGUGUUCGCUACUGUUGCUGGUUUUCUAAUUGGAGUCUUUUCAGAACUUAAGGCUCUUCUGAUGCCACUGCCUAUCUGACGGCAUGUAAGCAAAAGACUUGAGCUGAGGCGAAACCAUUCUUCUCAUCAGGUCAUCAGGACACCAAAGAAUAUGGCUUGGAGGGAUAAGCCAGAUGGGUCCCACCCAAACGCCACCCGCACCCGUGGAAUUCUGCCGCUGAACGUUACCAGGUUGGCUGACUUUUUCCAGUCAUCAAGUUCAAAAGCCUCCAUGUUCCUUAAAGCUAAUGACUCCAGAGAGCAGACCAUGGGACAGGUUCAGUGGGAAGAAGUGCAGCACUCCCAGGGCGCGGCCCUGGAGGGGGGCGGCAGGUGGAUCCGCGUGGACGAGGCGGGGCUGUACCUGCUCUUCGUUCAGGCUGUGUACAAGCUGAACCCGGCAGCCGUGCCGGCGGGCGUCAGGGCCGGGGCGGUGACCCUGGAGUUCCAGGUGCUGCUGGAGUACCGGGAGCAGGACGUGGUGCAGAUGUCCUCCGUGUUCGACACGCACUGCUGGGGCCUGAAGGAGACUGACGUGACCCUGAGCCAGGCCGUCCUCCUCCAGGUGGCGGCUGGGGAUCGCAUCGCCGUCAACGCCAGCCACCGCCACCUUAUGGACUACCACGCCAAACCCCUCUCCAGCUUCCUCACCCUACUGAAAUACUCCAACACUGACCACUGAAUAUGCUCCUAGGAUAGCACUCCUAAUACGGAGACAGAUUACGUCUGGUGAUGUAGUUGUAUUGUCCAUGAACCUCGUAUCUCCCAUUUAUUGUCGUUUAGAUUUAUUAACACAUGUUGAAAGUUCUCGUCCAGCUAUAUUUUUACUGAACUCUCAUCUUGUCCUCUUUCACGGUUUUGAUCUGAUCUGGGCUUAAGAUUCAGUUACUAGUAUUUCCACAACUGAUACUUUCUCUUAUUGGAAUGGAUUUGAAUGGAAUGUGUAGGCUAUUAUUAUUAUUAUUAUUAUUAUUAUUAUUAUUGUUAUUGUUAUUAUUAUUAUUCAUUCAUUAAUUGUUAUUUUAUUGUAGUUGUUAUCGGGGCUCUGAUGCCAUUUAAUGUAAAGUGAAACAAAAGCAGCUGUUAUAUUUUAUUAUACUAUUUAAAUGUCUUUCAGUUUGAUUGUCCAGUUUGAAGCUAUUUUUAAGCAUGUCAUUUGUAAGAUUUGUCAUCAUAAGAGUUAGGGUUAGGGUGUCUAAUGCAACACAUCACUGUUACAAAAUCUUUAAUAUUUGCAAUGGAAAGGUCACAACAUAAAUAACAUUAAAUUAACAAUUUGUAAAACUUCAGUUCUGUUAUGAUUUUAAAUUCCUCCACACUUUAAGUUUUGACUUGCAUUGUACAUGUCACUGUAUGGGGUGUCAUUAAAUUUGCUGGCAGCAGACAUUUCAUUUCAUAGGCUACUUUCUUACACUGCAUGCCACAGUACAGAAUUGCAACUGUGAUGUGAAUUUAAAAAAAAAUGGAAUCACGAAAGUGAAUAUGCUUGGGUUUUGGUUCCCAGUGUGUGAUAUUUUUGACUUAGAAUUUUUGAGGGUACACUUCCUCAUUU